AUGACGCUAUCAAAGAGGGAGGGAGUUCUCGGAUCCUAAGCCAUAAAUGAGAGUCCCAGCAUCAAGUUAUUUCGCAAUAUUACCUUUACUGAUACUUCCUCUAACGCUACCGCUACUACUACUAUUUUUGCUACUGCUAUUAUCAGAAAAACUAACUGAUUUCUUAUUUCCCUCCUUUUCAACCCAUUCGAUAAUUUUAUCCAUAGAAGUUCUUCUUGGUGAUUUUUGAU